UGAUGUUUUCUAGGGAAAAACGUUGUCCAGCAUCGGAAUUAGUACCCGAAAGAAAGCAUGCUUACUAUUAGCAAUGUGGAGGGGCUUUUAGUGCUUUGCAAACUUUCUUCUAUAGAACCCUCAUUUCCUGAUGCAAAGAAAAGGAAGUUUAUAAUUUACACCAACGCCAUUUAGAAAAAAGCUUUUGGGAAACCUUCUCAUUGAUUCCCUGGUACUAUGUACAUAUCUUAGAUAACGGAGCUUGCCUCAGGUUUCUUUCAAUCAAUGUGAGAUGUCGCCCCUAAGUCGAUUUGUCAUGUUCUUGCACUGGUAUUGAGUGGCGUGCUCCGAUAUGAGUGAGGCGAGGGUGAUGCGAGUAGAUGCGUAUCUGCACCGAAUUUUUGCCAUUCAGAUAGAGAGCUAAGUCACUGCCUUAUUAUUGUUGAGCUUGAUUUGAUAAAGGUAAAGCUACAUAGGAUAAUUAGAUGGAAAGCUAUGUCAAGACUGGAUAUAGAGAAACUGGAAUCGGAACUGCAGGGAUUGACUAUCAAGGAAAUAAAUGAUCAUCCAACCAAAAGCAGGGAAGAGAUUGCAUUUGACCUGUUCGUGCUAGCCUCGGAGAAAGAACAAGUUGGGCAGUUGAAUGAUGCAGCCGACUACUAUUGGAAGGCUUUCAAGCUAGACGACAAAGUUGACUUGAAAUAUCGAGAAAAGUACUUUGCAGCGAUAGAGAUGGAAGAAGGCAAACAGCCCAUGUUGAACACGAAAGAUAGAGUGAUGGGUGUGGGGAACUUGAAGCGCCGCAGCGUCAAACCCUUGGAGCUUAAUCGGGGACGAUUGAUUGAGCUAUUGGAUAGCUAUUCGGUGUGCGAGUUUGUAGCUGCGGACGAAGAGAAACCCGUGUAUCUACAGAAUUUACCCUACGAGGUGAUCGAAAGCAUAAUGGAACUUUUGAUGGUGUGGGAUACGCCGACGUGGGUUGAUUUCAGUGUGUCCUGUAAAAAACUAGCGUUUAUCGGGUUUCGGGACAGGAACAUAUGGAGUAAGUUGAGUCAGCUGGUGUACGAGAAACAAGUUUAUCGGGAUAACGACGAGCAGAAGUUCAAGUACUUGAUCAAGAGCCAGUGGGGGAUCAACCAUUACCAGAUGCUCAAUAUGAGGCCGUUUCUCAAGUACCGCGGGGUGUACAUCAGCAAGGUGUCGUACAUGAAGGAAGGUGCCCGGAGCGAGAACUCAAACUCGUGGAACUUGCCGUACCGGAUCAUCACGUACUACAGGUACUACAGGUUCUACCCGGACGGCACGUGCUUGAAGAUCGUCACGGUUUUGGAGCCGAAGAAGGUCAUUCCGAAGCUUCACAAGGGGUACAAGGUGAGCGAGGACGUCGAGCUGAUGCGGGAGGACGCGCGGGAGGACGACGUGAAGAGUCCCGUGGACAACUUCAGCAACCGCAGCUGGCUGCGGAUCUUCGGCGGGACAUUCCACAUGACGCUGCAGGGCGAGGUGGAGACGAACUGCGACGGCCCCGUGGAGAAGUACCGCUUCAUCGACAAGUUCACCAUCGGAAGCACGGGCAAGUAUCACCGCCACAACAAGCUCCAGUGGGUGGACCUCGGUUUCUAUGACACGGUGAACCGCACCCACUCCUCCUUGAGCAGGGAGAACGAGAAGGACUUUGUGUUCAGCCGGGUCAAGUCGUAUAGUUACUAGACGUAUUUAGACGUAUUUAGACGAAUUUCAGAACUUUUUCCGAAACCGUUGUAUCGUUUUUCCGGCUCACGCUUCCACGAUCUCUUUGCAGCAGCGCAAACCGACCGUCCGCCCCCACCGGCGGAUCCUUUGUCUUCAACGGGCAGCAUGACACCCUCGGGGCUGGCCGGCGGACGGUCUUGAGCCGUGAAUCCGUCUUGUCAGUGAGAUCGGGGUCCCGAUGCCCCGGUAGCGACAAAAGAAAUCCACGUCCACGCCGAUCGACCCGCAUUGUCUUUUUUUGCCCUUUCUCGUUUGCGCUGCCCUAAAGCGGUAACGGGUCCCGACCCAGGAACCGGCCAGGCACCGGUGCGGGGCGGAGUCAGGAUC